UCGGGCCAGAUCCAGGGAUCGCUGACUCUACGAGGAAGACGAUUGCCGGACACCUUGGACAAAGCUAACCAACCAUUACUCCUCUGUCCCUCUCUCACGUACGUUGCGAGCUCACAAUGGCGACAGUGCGCAUGAUAGAUAUAGCCGUCAACUUCACAGAUGGCAUGUUCAAAGGGAUCUACAAUGGCAAGCAAUGCCACGUUUCGGAUAUAGCCGCGGUUUUGAGUAGGGCUUGGACUGCCGGCGUGGACCGAAUCAUUGUGACUGGUGGGUCACUUGAAGAGUCAAAAGAUGCUCUUGCAAUUGCAGAAACGGAUGGAAGGCUUUUCUGUACAGUUGGUGUGCACCCAACACGAUGCAAGGAGUUUGAAGAGAGUGGGGAUCCAGAAAAUCAUUUUCAGGCUCUUUUGUCGUUGGCCAGAGAGGGAAUUGAGAAGGGAAAGGUAGUCGCAAUUGGUGAAUGUGGUUUGGACUAUGACAGGCUUCACUUUUGCCCGGCAGAGAUUCAAAAGAAGUAUUUUGAGAAGCAGUUCGAGUUGGCAUAUGCAACAAAGCUGCCCAUGUUUCUUCAUAUGCGUGCAGCUACUGAAGAUUUCUGUGAAAUUGUAGAGAGAAAUAAGGACAGGUUCAGUGCUGGAGUCGCCCAUUCAUUUACUGGUUGUGCAGAAGAUUGUGAUAAGCUUCUUUCAUUCAGUAAUAUGUAUAUAGGAGUAAAUGGAUGCUCUCUGAAGACAACUGAUAAUCUUGAUGUCGUGAGGGCCAUUCCUGUGGAGAGAAUGAUGAUCGAGACAGAUUCUCCAUAUUGUGAAAUAAAGAACACUCAUGCUGGGAUUAAUUUUGUGAAAUCCGUCUGGCCCUCUAAGAAAAAAGAGAAGUACGAUCAGGACUGCAUUGUUAAAGGCCGCAAUGAACCAUGUUUAGUUCGGCAAGUUCUGGAGGUGGUGGCUGGUUGUAAAUGCAUUAAUGAUCUAGAUCAGCUGAGCAGGACCUUGUACCACAACACAUGCAGGGUUUUCUUUCCUCAUGACUUGGAUUCUGCGGCAGAUGCUCUCCUUGCUGAUGGUCACGACUCUUAAGCGAGCCAACUAAAAUCAUAUUCGUUCAUUACAAAGACUUUUCAGGUCCUCUAUUCCUCCACUCUAUUGAGAAAGCGACGAGUCUCGGUUACUCUUCUGUGAGUGACAUUCGGCAUAAAAAAGGAAUUUAUUGGACUGGGAGCCCUCUACAUUUGUAUUUUAUUUGCCAGGUACAUCCAGUUUUGGAAAUGGAAAUUGCAAAGCUUUCAAUCUAUUA